UUUACAUGCCUCAUAAUGAGAGUUGCAGUAGUGAAGCAGUGUUAUUAGUGACUAAUUUAUACUGGCCAGCCAGAGGCAGUAAAAAUGCCUCCUAUUCCUGUACCACUGUCUGUGGGUAAUCGGUAUAAGUUCUAAAUAAUUCAAUCUCUCAAACCAAAGUAAAAUAUUAACUUUAUUUUUUAUUCAGUUGUCUUGAAAAUGUGCUGCUUCUUCCAUCUGAUAUGUUAAGUAAUCUGUUAUUUUGGUGCUUUUUGUCAUGCUCUUUGUAUGAACCUUUUUCUCUGUCAUCCUUGCUUUUUCCCCUCUUGCUAGCACUCUACCCAAUCCUAUCCUAAGGGAUCUGCCGUGUCUGAGGCUCCUCCUCCAGCCUGUUCCUCACAGCUGAGUUUGUCCGUCACAACAGCCAGCAGGAUCACUGGGGUUGUUUUCUUUUUCUCUCCAUUGCUGGUAUCAAAGGACCAUAGUUUAGACAUCUCGAGUUAUCACCAAUUUGGGGCAAAAAACUGCUCAGUUUUAUCAAGUUUCCUGUUUAAAGUGAAACAAUACACAAAAAGACCUUUUUUUAAUCAUAUUACAAAGCUGUUUCUGGUCAAGCUAAAGCUUCCCAAACAGGGUAGUAUGUUUAUGCCACCAUACUUACUGAGAUAUUUAUAGCAGGGUCUUGUGUUAACUCAGCUGCUCUGCUUAUCUGUGUGUGCAUGCACUCAUGGCUGUGCCACUCUUAUUUCAGUCUAGCUGUGCCUCUCAGUGAGUGACAGUGGGACUGUGUGCCUUGUGCUUGGCUUUAAAAUUUUCAGAAUUUAACGAACAAAACUUAAGUUGGACUUUUUUUUUUCCCCUCAACUCUUCAAAGGAAGCCUUUACAAGGUCCACAGUAAGACUGUUACAUUAUUUCACCCAUUUUCUUCACAACACCAAAGAGCACACCUGGCUGAAUUGUGUUUGUGUGGCUCCUGUCCACAAUGGCACUGUCGUCACGCUUAAAACUUUGGGAGCAGAAGAUCAAGGAUGAGAAGAAGCCGGCGGCGGCUACUCAACCUCCCCCUCCUCUUUCUGUUGUACCCGGUGGAUUCCUUAAGCAGCUUGUGAGAGAGACAGAGAAGGAGACAAGGCUGAAAGAACCCGAACUCAAGGAAGAGAAGGCGCCAAGCAAACUAAGCGAGAACCUAGUCCAGCAGUUCCUGCUUCCAGAUCAAACUCCACCCAUCUUGGAGGCAGAGAUGGCCCUCAGGGCAGAGCAAAUGGUCAAUGCUGCCCUGAAAGAGAGAAAAAUAUCCUCCGCAAGAGAGAUCCUGAGUUCAGACUCCAUGAACCAGAAAGACGACUUCAGAGUCAGUACACCAGAGGCCAAUGACCAUAAACAAGAGAAUGGCUGUAACCUAUCAAAGUUUCCAGAGGUGUCAAUAGAGAAAGAGAAUCUGAAAGAACAAGCAAAGGCACGACUGGAUGUGAAAGAGGUUAAGGAAGACAAGAUCAGAGAAGUGAGGCAAGAGCCAGAGGGGCAGCUUGCUGAUAGCACCCUAACAGAGGAACCCAAGAAACCUGUGAGGGAUGUCUGGUAUGAAGCUGGUACAGUGUGGUACACACAUAAAAAUGGCUUCACCCUUGCCACUCAGCUGAAGCCAGAUGAGGGCACACCUGAGCUCCCUUAUGGGAAAGUAAGGGUUCGACUCCACACAGAUGGCUCUGUACACGAUGUCACACAGUACGAGAUCGAAAAGGUGAACCCACCAGAGCUGGACCUGUGUGAGGACUUGAGCCAAUUAGUGAGUGUGAAUGAGUCAAGCAUUCUGCACACUCUGGCAGGCCGAGCCAAAGCCCACAUGGCCCUAACACAUGCUGGGCCAAACCUGCUGGCCCUCUGGCCUCCUUUAGCACCACUUGGCAAGGGGCUGCGAACCCAUCACUGGGACACAUGGGAAGCUCCUGCUCCUCUGCAAGCACUGGUCAAGAAGGUUUAUAUGUCUAUGGUGGGCCAUAGGAGGGAUCAGAGUGUGGUGGCUCUGGGUCGCAGUGGCACAGGAAAGACCACCUUGUGCCAGGCUUUUGCCCGGGAACUUCUCAAACAUGCUGGCACAGCAGGAAAUAACUUGACCUUGGAGCGUCUCCAGGCCGUGUUCACUGUGCUGCACUCUUUUGGCUGUGUAAGCUCUCAUCACAGCGAGGCCUCCAGCCGAUUUGCCAUGGUGCUUUCUCUGGACUUCAACCAUAAAGGCCUUGCAGCUGCAGCACACCUUCAGACCAUGAUGCUGGAGAAGUGGAGGGUUUGCCAUAGACCUGAGGGAGAGAGCAACUUCUUAAUCUUCUCCCAGAUGCUGGCAGGACUCAGUGCUGAAAUGAGGACGGAGCUACAGCUUCACCAGUUACCAGAGAACAACAUAUUUGGCAUCACUUGCCCCACCAAGGUAGAUGAGAAGCAGAGGGCUACAGUGGAGUUUGGAAGACUCUUAGCAUCCAUGAACACGCUUGGCUUCUCACCUGAUGAACAGCGGGCCAUUUGGCAUGUUCUGGCUGGAAUAUACCACCUGGGCAUGGCUGGAGCAUGCAAAGUUGGGCGAAAGCAGUUCAUGAGUUUUGAGAGUGCUCAGGUUGCCAGUGCUGUUCUUGGCUGUGAGGGAGAAGAUCUUCACACUGCAGUAUUCAAACAUCACCUAAGGCAGCUACUGCAGAGGGCCACUGGAGCCAACAGAGAGCGCCACCUAGCAGAGGAACAAGAGGAAGGUCCUAAACUGAGUGCAGCUCAAUGUGUGGAGGGCAUGGCGUCUGGUCUCUAUGAAGAGCUGUUUACUGCCAUUGUAUCUCUGAUUAAUAGAGCUCUGUGCUCCCAGCAGCUAACACUAGGCUCUGUGACUGUGGUAGACACACCAGGUAUACGCAACCCCAGACACAGUGGGAAAGACAGGGCUGCUGGCUUCUCUGAGUUCUGCCAUAACUACCUACAAGAAAGGCUUCUGGAGCACCAUUUCACACACACCUUCACUAAUUUUCUUGACAGAUACACACAGGAGAGAGUGUCUGUAGAUUUUGAGCCCCCUGAGGAGAGUCCUCAAAAAGUGGUGUGUGCUGUAGACCAACCAGGAUUGCAGGUUCGAGGGCCAGAGGGCGACACUCGUGGCCUUUUUUGGGUUUUAGAUGAGGAGGUAGUCAUGCCCAGUUCUUCUGAGAACACUGUUCUGGAGAGGAUAUGUCAUUACUUCAGUGAUACAGUGCGUCUGUGUGAACAGCCUCUACAGUGCGAGAUUGCUCAUCUAUUGGGCUCUGACCCGAUUCGCUAUGACCUAUCUGGCUGGUUUGGUCUGGUCCAAAAUAACCCCUCUGCCCUCAAUGCCAGCUCCAUUCUGCAGAACUCCUCUAUUCAUGUAGUAAAGGCUCUGUUUGCUCCACGGGCCUCGGUUCCUCCUUUGUGUCGUGGUUUGGGCGGUGUUGAAGGAGGCUCACAUCGCUUUCUGGAGAGAAGUGGGAGUGUGCGCAAGACCUUCACUGGAGGAAUGGCUGCUAUGAGGAGAUACUCAAACUGCAUUUCUAUUAAACUACAAGUGGAUGCUCUGAUAAACCUGAUUCGUCGUGCACAGCCAGUUUUCCUACAGUGUCUCAGUGCUAAGUUCGAUGGUGGUGGCUUUGAUGUUCCUGCAUUACGCACCCAGCUGCACUCAACUCACUUACUACCUGCUUUGCAACUGUAUCGUACAGGCUACCCUGAUCAUAUGUCUCUGAGUGAUUUCCGCUGCCGCUUCCAGGCGCUGUCUCCUCCUGUAAUGAAACGCUAUGGCUCCGUCUUUAUCACUCCAAAUGAGAGAAAGGCGGUGGAGGAAUUAUUGAUCGAAUUGGAUCUGGAUAAGAAGAGUAUUGUUUUGGGAGCAAGCAAGGUGUUCUUAAAACGUGGUGUGUUGAGAUCGCUGGAUGUGCAAAGGGAUGGCUUGGUCAAUAACUGGCUGGUGCAGAUGCAGGCCGCAUGUCUGGGGCAUUUGGCAAGGCAGAAAUACCGCCGCUUGAAGGUGCAACAGAUGGCCGUGAGAUGUAUCCAGCGAAAUGUCCGUGUUCUGGAUAGAGUUGCCACCUGGAGCUGGUGGAAAUUACUGUGUAGAGUGCGUCCCCUGCUGGAUGUCAAUAUAGACGAACACAAGGUCCAGGCCAAAGAGGAUGAGAUCAGUAUACUGAGAAGCCGACUAGAGAAGUCUGAGAAGGAACGGAAUGAACUCAGACAGACUACAGACAACCUGGAGACCAAGAUAAUGGCUGUGGUAUCUGAGCUGAGUGAUGAGAGGUUUUGGGGAGAGGCUGUGAGUCAGGCCUUAGACACAGAGAGAGCAGAGAGACUUCGUCUCACCAAGGAAAACAAGGAGUUACAGGAUCGUUUGGAUCAGAGUAAAGUUACUGUGGAGGCACUAGAGAAGCAGCUGGCUGAGGAGAAGCAGAGAGCCAAAAGCAAAGAGACACUAAGUGGCAUGGCUACAGAGGGUGAACUACAGCUGCAGUUGGAUUGUGCACAGACAGAAGUGGAGUUUCUACGCAGACGUUUGCGUCAGACAGAGGAGAGGUUUGAAGCUGAGAAAGAGGCACGAGAACUUUUGGACACCAAGGUUUUGGAGCUGCAAGUCCAGCUGGAACAGUCAAAGCGCACGGUCACAGAGCUGAAGCGGCACUGUCGGCAUGUGACUUCUGACCUGCAAGAUGCCUGUGUGCUUAUGGACAGCUUGCAGGCGCGUACUCAUGACCUGGAUAGGAAGCAGAGGAGGUUUGACAGCGAGCUUACCCGGGCUCUAGAGGAAGCAGAUAAUGAGAGAGAGCAAAAGGACAAGGCCAUCCAGGAGAAUAUAACUGUGGGGGCAGAGAUCUUUUCCCUGCAUCGGGCUUUGAAGGAGAGUCAGUUGGAGGUAGAACAUUUGCAGAAUCAAAAACAAGAGCUGUGUGCUCAGAUCCGAGACCUGACUGUGCCCCUGAACCUUGGCUCCGACUCGGUGCCUGAGCUGAAGAAACAACUACGUGAACUUGACAGCAGAGAUAAAGAGCGUGCUCAGGAGCUUGCCAGUAUGACAGCUAAAAUUCAGCAGCAGGAACAGAUACAUUUGCGCUUUGAGAUCGAGAUGGAGAGAAUGAAGCAGAUCCAUCAGAAGGAGCUGGAAGACAAGGACGAGGAACUAGAGGAUGUGCAGAAGUCUUCACAGAGACGGCUCAGGCAGUUAGAGAUGCAGCUGGAACAAGAGUAUGAAGAAAAGCAGAUGGUGGUGCAUGAGAAACAUGACUUGGAAGGACUGAUUGCAACUCUGUGUGAACAGGUGGGCCACAGAGAUUUUGAUGUGGAGAAGCGACUCCGUCGAGACCUGAAGCGUACCCAUGCUCUGCUCAGUGAUGCCCAGCUGCUACUGUCCACCAUGGAGCAAACCGGGCAGUGCCAGGCCCCAGGUACCAAGGAGCAGUUGGAGAGGCUACAGUGUCAGCUGGAGGAAAGUGAGGCACGGCGUUUAGAGGCUGAGAGUGUGCAGAAAACUCUUGCCAUGGAGCUGGAGAAUGCUCAGCUGGAGCUGGAGAGCAUCUGCAAACACAAGAGCCUGGUAGAUGAACAGUUGACUCAGCUGCAGCAUGAGAAAGCUGACUUCCUGAAGAGGCUGGAGGAAGACCAGGAGGACCUCAAUGAGCUCAUGAAGAAACACAAAGCCCUUAUUGCUCAGUCUUCUAGUGACAUCACUCAGAUACGGGAGCUGCAGGCAGAGCUGGAAGAAGUAAAGAAGGAAAGGCAGAGUCUACAGGAGCAGCUGCAGACAACUGCAGCACACUUGCAGUUCCUGGAGUCGUCCACAGUGGCCCGGAGUAUUGUGAGCAAGCAGGAGGCACGUGUGUGUGACCUGGAGAACAAGCUGGAGUUCCAGAGAGGCCAGGUCAAGAGAUUUGAGGUUCUAGUUCUGCGUCUGAGGGACAGUGUGGUGAGGAUGGGUGAGGAGUUGGAGCAGUCUGCUCAGGCUGAGGCAAGAGAGAGAGAGAACUCGCAUUACUACCAGCAGAGGCUGGCAGACAUGAGACUAGAGAUGGAGGAUCUAAGCCUCAGAGAGCAGGAGAGUAGCCGUCGGCGGAUGGAGCUGGAAAUGCAAGUGGAGGAGCUUAGUGCAGUGCGUCAGACUCUACAAGCUGAUUUGGAGACAUCAAUCCGACGUAUCGCUGAUCUACAGGCUGCCCUAGAGGAGGUGGAGUCAAGUGAUGAAAGUGAUACAGAAAGUGUACAGACUGCUGUGGAGUCCAUCUCUAGAAAGAGAGAAAUGGACAACACAUCCAGCUUGGGCUCCAGCAUUGGCACAGAGGACACUGGUAACGGCAUUCAGCACUGGCUGGGGGUGCCACGUGGGGGUCACAAGGGUCGUGGAGGUGGAGUCUCUUCAUAUGCUGGAAGUACCACUAGCCCCCAGUCAGUCACAGACACAAUGAGCACCUAUAGCUUCAGAUCAUGUUCUCAGGAAUUGGAGGAUGAUCUUGCUGAAGGCUCUAGAAUUCUGCCUAGGGCAUCAUCCUCAACUGCAUUAUCUGAGCUAUUGGAGGGCUUACGUAAAAAGCGGGCUGGGUGGGGCAAAAGCUCAGAGGCGGAUGAGGGUAGUACAGUAUCACUACCCAUUUCCCAGCCCACAGCAGCCUCCAGCCUGCGUCGCCGAGCCUUCACCCUCUCCCCAGACACAAAUGACAGCCUGGAGGAAGCAGUGCGUCCGGGAAUCCUGAAAGUGUCCAGCUCUCUGCUGCCCCAUGCUUCCAGCCUGCGCUCCCUGUCCGAAUCCACGCCAUCUGCCCCCUCAACCACGUCCACUAUGAGCAAGGUAAACCGCAUUGGCUCCUGUGACUCCCUUACAUCAGUGCGGUCCUCCAUGCAAAUCUCCAACCUCUCUAUCCCAGAGGAAUGGGAGGGGGAUCCUGGUGCCAAAACCCUGCCUGCCCUAGGCACCCAUCAACCAGUCCGCCACCAGCUGUUUAGGGGUCUGGCUGCUGAAGGUGGUGGUGAGGCCCUACUUGGGUCAGAACCACUUGUCUUUCAGAAUCGGCGUCUUCUAGGAAAUCUUGAAGCUGACAAAGAAAGAGUUAGAAGCGAUUUAGGGGACGCCAACUCAGACAUUGUCCCAGCAAUCCGUAGAUCACAGUCUAUAAGCAGCUUAGCAAGUAGCAGCUCCAGAGGGGGUCAGCGUCGUGCCCUAAGUGUGCACUUUGGAGAGCUGCCACCUUCCAGGGCAUUGUGCAAGGAUUCAGAUUCAGACUCUUCUGAUUCUGAAGGCUCUCAGCACCGGAUUGGCCCACAUGAAAAGAGGCUAGAGGCAGAAGGAAGUGAGGGAGAUGUCAAUUCAGUGAUGAAAAAAUAUCUGAGGAAAGCUGAGGUUGACUGAAUAUAAGGAAUUGAGUGAGGACUUUUCCCUUCAUGGUGGACAUUUUAUUACAAAUUCUAGCAGUGUGGAAAGAAAUUAUUCAAAAACACACUAGUUCUGUAAAAAUAAAUACAUAACUUACCUUUUAAUCAAAAUUUUCAUGACUAGAUUCAGUUAUUAGGUGCUGCUGAUGUUCUUUUACACGUGAGAAAAGACAAGUAGUCAUUCUACCCAGAAUGCAAUCACAUACAUUGCUGAAGGUGGAAGCACAAUGAAUAUGCUGCACAUUCUACACUGUACACAUGAAUAAAGGAUUUUAAUGAAACAA